UCUCCUUUCCAUUUGUGCGCGUAUCCAAAGCCGCGCCCGAGAGAGGGAGAGAGAGAGAGAGAGAGAGAGUGAGAGAGAGGAGCGCUCUCUGUUCGGAACACUGGCCCGUUUCUUCUUCCUCCGUCGUCGUAGUGAUGCUCCGCAGCUGAUGCCGCCCCAAAACCCUAACCCUAACCCUAGAUAUCCUCAGCUUCGGGGGCCCUCUCUUAUCUUUAGCGGAUCCUCAGAGGGCUCGCAUGGCGCUCCAGCUUCGUAGGCUCUUCUUCCCCAGCUGCUUACCAAGGAGUUUCUCUUCUCCAGCCAUGCUUCAAUAUAGGGCGUUGCAGAAUUUUCCAUGCAGCUGCAUGCCUUAUUCGCCAUUAGGCUUUAAUGGUUCCAAUGUAAAGCCUGUACAACUAAUACUGAAGGUUAAUUCAUUGAGAAAGAUGGAUGCUGGGAUUUCUAUUAGAGUUUCUCCGCAGUUUAAACAGAUGCCCUCUUAUUCUAUUAGACAUUUCAAUAGUUGCGGUAUUGGCAUUUCUGGAUCUGAAAGCACUCCUAUAUUUAAUUUGAUGGCUCGUGAACACAGAAACAAAAGAUUGUUUUCAACCAAGAGUAAAAAGAAGUUCCAACUUGUGGCCAGAUCAAAGAGUUUCCAAGAUAACUUAGUUGUGAAAGGUAGUAAAACAGAAGAUGGUCCUGGUGCAUCUCACCUGCUUCAUGGAUCAAAGAGACGAGAAAAUUCACUAGCCACUUGUGCCAGUAUUAAUGGAGAGGCGAAUGCUGCAUUCACCGGUAACUCCGCAAAGGAUGUUGCAUGCACUGAUAAGACAGUUACCAGAAGUGCAAUUGCUGCACAGAGUGGAGAGCAAGUUGCUGUAGGCCUUAGAGAAAAGAAAGAACCGACCAAGAAAGCUACUAAAACUCCAGAAAAGAAGAAUUGGAAGCCUGUUUCAAAACAGGAGGAAAUACCAUCUAAAAGUGCUUCUGGAACUAAAAAGGAGCCUAAAAGUUCGAAAAGAUCUUCAAGAGCACAGAAAGCCAAUGUGGCUAUUACAUCUCAUGAAGUUAAAAAUAGCAGUCAGAAUUCUUCUGUUAAAUGUGCAAAGUUUGGAAGGAAGCAGCAUAAUUCCCUUCACCCUCUUUACCCUCCAACCGGUAAAUCGGUUGUUGUGGUGGAGUCAGUCACAAAAGCAAGAGUCAUCCAGAAUUAUCUAGGGGAUAAGUAUGAGGUGCUGCCUAGUUAUGGUCAUGUUAGAGACUUGGCUGCUAGGUCACGAUCAGUCAGGACUGAUGAUGACUUCAGCAUGGUUUGGGAGGUGCCUUCUGCUGCCUGGACACAUCUUAAGAGCAUUAAGGUAGCAUUAAGCGGAGCGGAAAAUCUUAUUCUUGCAUCUGAUCCUGACCGUGAGGGUGAAGCAAUUGCUUGGCAUAUCACUGAAAUGCUACAACAACAAGAUGCCUUAGGUGGAAAUAUCACUGUGGCAAGAGUCGUAUUUUAUGAAAUAACGGAGGCUUCUGUCAAAAGUGCUUUGCACUCUCCCAGAGAUAUAGAUAUGAAUUUGGUCAAUGCUUAUCUUGCACGGCGCGCCCUUGAUUACUUGAUUGGUUUCAGCAUAUCACCACUUUUAUGGAGGAAGCUACCUGGUUGCCAGUCGGCUGGCCGUGUCCAAUCUGCAGCCUUGGCACUUUUAUGUGAUAGGGAGACAGAGAUUGAACAAUUUAAUCCACAAGAGUAUUGGAGUGUUGGGGUUGACUUUCAAGUUUCAAGUUCAGAUUCUUCAAAGAACAAAAGCUCUAUUUCUUCAUAUUUAACUCAUUUUGAUUCCAAAAAAUUGGAUCAGCUAUCUGUAGGCUCUCAAGCAGAGGCACAGGCCAUUGAAAAACGAGCCUCUUCCUCUAAAUUUAAAGUGAUAGGUGUAAAAAUGAGCAAAGUUUAUAAAAAUCCUCCCAUGCCUUAUAUAACAUCAAGUCUUCAGCAAGAUUCUGCUAACAAGCUGCACUUUACUGCUGCUUAUACAAUGAAGCUGGCUCAGAAGCUGUAUGAGGGGGUCAAACUAUCAGAUGAAGAAGCAACGGGGUUGAUAACAUACAUGCGAACUGAUGGAUUACAUGUUUCUAGUGAAGCUGCAGAAGAUAUCCAUUCCUUGGUAAAAGAAAGGUAUGGUAAGGAAUAUGCUUCAAAAAAUAUACGCAAGUACUUCAGAAAGGUGAAGAAUGCUCAAGAAGCUCAUGAAGCUAUCAGACCAACCAGCAUAAGGAGGCUGCCAUCAACUUUGGUUGGAAUACUUGAUGAUGAUUCUCUAAAAUUGUACACUCUUAUAUGGACACGGACGAUGGCGUGCCAAAUGGAACCUUCUGUAAUCAAUAUGAUUCAAGUUGAUACUGGUAAUCCUGAAGGAGAUAUGAUUUUCCGUUCAGUGGGAUCAACAGUUGAAUUUCCAGGAUACCAGGCAGUUUAUCAGGACAAAGAAGCAGGAGUUAAGAAUAACAGCAAUGUGGAAGAUGGCAUUCAUGAAGAGGUUUUUGAGGCUCUCCAGAAAUUAAAGGUUAAGGAUUCUUUAUCUUUGGUUGAGGUGCAUCUUAGACAACACUACACUAAGCCUCCGCCACGCUAUUCUGAGGGAGCAUUGGUUAAAAAGCUAGAAGAACUUGGAAUUGGAAGACCGUCUACUUAUGCUUCUAUUAUGAAAGUGCUGCAGGACAGAAAUUACGUGACGAUGAAAAAUCGAGUUCUGCAUCCUGAGUUUCGCGGUCGCAUGGUCUCAGCAUUUCUUUCUCACCAUUUCUCUGAGGUUGCUGAUUACAGCUUCACUGCUGAUAUGGAGAACGAGCUAGAUAAUGUCUCUGCUGGGGCAACAGAGUGGAAGGGUCUUACGAAAGAUUACUGGUCACGCUUCAGCAAGUACUGUGAUCUUGCUAGUAAAACUGAUAUAAGACAGAUAGAGAGAAUGCUGGAAGACAAAUUCAGUGAUAUAUUGUUUGCUGCCCUUCCUAAUAAUAGCAGGGUGUGCCCUAGUUGUUCAGAAGGAACCUUGAGAUUUAAGGUCAGUAGGUUUGGCGCCGGUUAUUUUAUAGGUUGUGACCAACAUCCCAAGUGCAAGUAUAUUGCCAGCACAUUAUUUACUGAGGAUGACGAAACCGACACUUCUGAGAAACCAGAUAAAUCGUUUCCACCUAAAUUGCUAGGUGUUAUGCCAGGUUCUAAGCAAAAGGUCUUCUUGAAAAAGGGUCCUUAUGGCUACUAUGUCCAGCUAGGGGAUGACAAAAAGGGGUACACUCCAAAAAGAGCUUCUGUGUCCGAGGUCAAAGAUGUUGAUUCAAUCACUUUAGAGGAUGCUGUUGACCUGCUGCAGUAUCCUAUCAUUCUGGGUAAUCACCCAGAUGAUAAUCAGCCUGUUCUGCUGGCGCAUUCAAAGUUCGGAUUUUCUAUUAAACAUCGGCGUACUGUCUCUCCAGUGCCAAAGAAUGUCGACCCAAAAAAGAUCACACUCCAAGCCGGACUGAAGUUUUUGUCAAGUAAAAAUGCCAGACAGUUUGGUCGCCCCAAAGGCAGGGGCAAAGCCAAACAAGAUGAAGCCGUGUGGGAGUUAAACUAAUUUUUUCACUGGAUCCGAGGUGGAAAUCUCUCCACCAAAAUGCGGAAGAGUUAAACAGGUAACUACUCAGACAAGUAGGUACUUUGCACGAUAUCCGUUUACAGAUACCACAAUAUUAAGGCCUCUUCAACCAUGGAAAUGCAUUAGAAAAUUCUCAGCAUUUUUUUUCACCAUUUAUUUUAUAAAUUAUAGAUAUAUUUUCCAUUCCCUACAUUACUUGGUAAAAUUUUUUUGUAGUAAUAUUUAUGCGGUUCUUUCAGGUUGAGAUACAGAUGUAACAAAUUACUUUUAAUUUUUGUGUUCUGCUAAUUUUGUUUUUAUAUUUAAAUAAUUCUACUAUGUAAUCAUCACUUGAGGCUUUGUUCAGCAACUUUUGAAAUAAUGAAAGGUGUAAUAAGAGAAGGGUAAAGCAAAUCGCAAGCAGUAUGAGAUGUAAA